UCUGGUCAGGUGCAGACGACUGCGUGGAUGUUCACUGACAAAGGAGCUGUACGAAUGAUGCUCUGCUCAUAGUGUAAGGACUGAGUCAUUUGGAUCUGCUGCACAAGUGAUGUUGUAGGGCAGUGGUCUGCCAGGCGAUAUUUCCACGCCAGCAGUCUCAUCGAAACACUUCUUAUGCUGAUUUGACGACAUCAUAUAAACUAAAGAUACCAUACUUCAUCGAGCCAUCCUGUUCUCUGCUAGAAUGGCGGGUAAUUCGCGAAAAGCAACUGCGUAAGUUAGCCGGAGAGCUACAGCCUCCCUUUACUGACUGAUCGCCCGCAUCGCCUUGUGCGUGUAUGCCUCUCUUUCAUACAGCAGUCUCAGCGUUCCAGUAGCCUGUGUACCGUUACGCCUGAGCUUUCUUAAGCUUCCAGAGCACUAUGGGUUGUACCUGCGGGAAAGGGUCCAAAACUGAGGAGACAGAAUUACAAGUAUCCGGGAGGGAAACCCGUGUUGUCAAAAAGACUACCAAGAUAGUCAUUGUCAAAGGGAAGAAACCAACCAAGCAUGUCGAAGUUACGUCAAGAGUAACAAGCUCAGGAGGGGCUACUCCGAGUAAAGGCAAAAGCAAAGCCAUUAAACUCGAUAAAACGACAAAUAAAGCAGGAAAGAAGGGAAAAGAACCGAAAAGCAAACAGAAAAAAGCGGAAAAGGCGAAGACAAAGAAAUCGGUGAAGGAAGAUGCGAAAGAAGGGCUGAAAGCACACAACAAUUACCGGGCAAAGCACAAAGUGCCGGGGCUCAAAUUGAACAGUGGGCUCAGCAAAGCGGCUCAAAAAUGGGCGGAAACUUUGCUCAAAACUAACAGGUUUGAGCACGCGGACAAGAAGUCCCGGCAGCACCGCGGGAAAUACGUGGGAGAAAACAUCGCUUAUUAUCAAGGAGGAGGGGACUAUAGCGCCGCAGAUGCCACGAAAAGUUGGUAUGACGAGAUUCAGAAAUAUAGUUUUAACGCACCGGGAACGCGGGCCGGCACAGGGCAUUUCACUCAAGUGGUUUGGAAGGCAACAAAAGAGUUGGGCAUUGGACGAGCCGAGGACCCGAAUACGGGCAAGGUGAUCAUCGUGGGGCGAUACUUACCCGGAGGCAACGUGGUGGGAAAAUACCAGGAAAAUGUACUUCGUCCCCGAUAAGUGAAGCUGGGAGGAUUUUCUUCUUAUUACAGCGCAUGCGCCGUUCUCGAAGUUCGCUCUACAUACAUCAUUACCACUGUUGGACAAGUUUGACCUUCGACGUCGUGCGACGCCCGUAGACUUGCUUAGGAUUAGUCCCACCACUAAUAUUCUCCUGGGGAACUAAAAUUAACAUGACGUUUGAAGAUUGGAAACAUGUUCGAUAUUUUCAAUAGAAAGGUAAUUCUUAUUUAAAGAGUAUUAAUAGAAACGAAAGUUGGAACAGAAAGUUUUUGGUUUACUCCCGGCCUCAUUACCGUAUUCCCAGUAACCUUAGCGGUGCUGAUAACUUCUGCGCAAACUUUUCUUUUGGUGUCAGCGAAUGAAAGUGAGCGAAGGGGAAGGUAUAUGCGCAAUGAGGAGUUUGCAUCCCCUCACCUGGAGAAAACGAGGCAAAAACAGUAAGAAGAGAUGAGCACACUUGAGAUUACGUCUUUCUAUCAACAACAAAUUGUGCUUCGUUGAGAUUAAUCGUUUUCACUGGAGUGUAUGUUUAUGAGCUCUUGUGCAUAGGUGUUGCUGUGAACACGUUAAAAGGAAAAGGGUUAAGAACAAAGAUUCCAGAACAGUACAGGUCUUCCUUGUCUUGGUAUGUGGAUCAACAGGAAAGUUGUUUCACUUCAUUAUACAAAUGCAAACAGAUUGGAUCAUCACCAAAAGGACUCAACAUGACACACCGUUCACUUGACUUGCACACUCGCUUCGAUACAGGAACAGUAUUUUAUAACUUUUAUUUCAAAAGUGCUAAAAUCAAUUAGCAUUCAAGCUGACAUGAAACUCUCAUUGUUUUUGCACGGUGUUUCCAGCGAACCAGAUCGUUUUAUAUUUACUUUGACAUAAAACCUCGUUUAGGUGGAAACGUUCGUCAGAAACCUGCGGAAGGUCGUGGGUUUUUGCCUGGGCUCUGCCCUUUUACAUCCCAUCAUAAUGCUGGCACCGUGGUAUAAGUGAAAUAUUGUUGAGUACGCCUUAAACACCAAUCAAAUAAAAAAAAAGAAUAACAUAAAACCUUUUUUUUACAAUACCUUAUUAUUUUGGACAUAACAUCAUGCUAAGAUUAAUUACUGCCGGUGUGCUGAUUAUAUCCCUUGUGUUGCGUUGCUUCAUCCGAAAUAUCACCAUAAUGCUGGCGGCUGUCGUAUAAGUGAAAUAUUCUUGAGUUCGCCGUAAAACGCCAUGCAGUCAAAUAAAUAAAUGACUCGAAAUAAAACAAUCCUAUAUCCGCUAUGACAUAAAACGUUUCUCACAGUGUCUUAAAGCUUUCGAUCAAACAAUGUGUACCAUUUUACUACUUAGCUAAUCAACACACCCGUAAUACUUUCAAUUUAGUGUGUUCUUAAGUCCGUCUGAAAAUUCAUAAUUGUAAUUUUGCUAGAUAACUUGUGCAUCCUAACGAAUUAGGAAGGAAACGACUUCCUUCAAUAUUAAUACAACUGAUAGUACUAAUCUAUUUUAAAACGUCCAAGAUUUGAGACGUAUCCUGAAACAUAACAAAUCUAACAACGCAUAGGUCUUUCUUCGCAAUACCUGUUCAAUAUUUUGGCAUCAAUUCCGAAAUAUUUUCCCCUUUUAAUACGAGAGUUCAUCCUUUUUACACUGCACAAAUGGGAAGUUACUGUGCAUAUCACAAAUAAAAUAUUUAGAUCUUUACACAAAAGCUCAUUCCGAAUUGUAUUUUUUUUUUAUUGUUCGAGGAGAUGAUAAAUUGGUGCCAGUGUACUUAGAGGAAGCACGUGGCCUGAGUGAGAUUCUGAGGAAAAUACUCUCCUGUUCUCGGUUAUAUCCAUUUUAUUUAACCUUAAUUAUUUUAUUAAAUUUAUUCAAGCUUUUGUGUGUUAUAUCAAACACGAAUUACUGGUGUUACUUUUUAUCAUUCAUUGAACUUCGACGCCGAAUAAAUUACAUA